CAAAGCUGUAAAAGACAAAUUUUUUGAAAAGGAUCUCGAGCGGGAUUGGACCACGUGGCAGAUCUUACUAAUUCGACCGUUGCAAAGCGUUUUAUUGAAGGAUCUCCAUCUCCCCUUCAUUUCCUCCUCCGUCUCUUCCAUCUCCUCCAACCUCUCUUCCUUCGAUUAAUUGCUCAAUUCUCCCGAAUCUUUCUCUCUCCCUCUCUCAUGGCUAUUGCUGCAGAGACCCAACCGCAAGAGAAGGCUACUCCAGAAGCGGCGGCCGUAGAGAAAAAAAGAUGGACACUGAAUGAUUUCGAUAUAGGAAAACCUCUUGGACGAGGAAAGUUUGGUCAUGUGUACUUAGCCCGAGAGAAGAGGAGCAAUCAUAUUGUGGCUCUAAAGGUGCUAUUUAAGAGCCAGUUGCAGCAAUCACAAGUUGAACAUCAGCUCCGUAGAGAAGUUGAGAUUCAAAGUCAUCUGCGUCAUCCCAAUAUCUUGCGCCUUUAUGGUUAUUUCUACGAUCAGAAACGAGUUUACCUGAUACUAGAAUAUGCAGCGAAGGGCGAACUAUACAAAGAAUUGCAGAAGUGUAAAUACUUCAGUGAAAGACGAGCUGCUACAUAUGUUGCAUCUUUAGCUCGGGCACUGAUUUAUUGCCAUGGCAAACAUGUAAUUCACAGAGACAUCAAACCGGAGAACCUUUUGAUUGGUGCACAGGGUGAGCUGAAGAUUGCAGAUUUCGGUUGGUCAGUGCAUACAUUUAACCGUAGACGGACAAUGUGUGGAACAUUGGAUUACCUGCCACCUGAGAUGGUGGAAAGCGUAGAGCAUGAUGCUAGUGUAGAUAUCUGGAGCCUGGGAGUUUUGUGUUAUGAGUUUUUGUAUGGAGUACCUCCUUUUGAGGCCAAGGAACACUCAGACACAUACAGAAGGAUUGUGCAAGUGGAUCUAAAGUUCCCUCCUAAACCCGCUGUUUCUUCUGCUGCCAAGGACCUUAUUAGUCAGAUGCUUGUCAAGGACUCUGCACAGCGCCUGCCACUGCACAAGCUACUUGAGCAUUCUUGGAUUGUUCAGAAUGCUGAUCCCUCUGGCACAUAUAGGGCUUAACUUGCCUUGUUGUCUCUUUGAUUAAUCCUGGUAUAAGAUUUUAAGUGGAAACCUCACAAGGACUUUGCAGUUGGGAUUUCAUAGUAUAUAUGCCAUUUCAUGAGUUCAUUUAUGGUGCCUCCAAGCUUUGUAGAACAAGAAACUAUUUGUUGUUGAAUGAUAAUGUCAAUUCAUUUGUAUGUUGAGUUAAUUCCAAAAGCAAAAAGCAUAUGCUUUUAUA